CGCGGAGCUCUGAGGUCAGUGCGAAGUUGCUGCCGGACCGGAGAGACGCUCUGUACUCAUCUGCUGAAGGAUGGAGGUGGAGAACCAACCCAAGGGAUUUGACUUCUCCAGACGGGGCAAGUUAAUGACCAGCGAGGAUGUGAGCGAGCAGCGCUGGUGUUUGAUCUGUGGCGACCGUGCGUCCGGACUACACUAUGGCAUCAUCUCCUGUGAGGGGUGUAAGGGCUUCUUUAAACGCAGCAUCUGCAACAAGCGCAUCUACUGCUGCAACAGGGACAAGAACUGCCAGAUGUCCCGCAAACAACGCAACCGCUGUCAGUACUGCAGACUGCGCAAAUGCCUUCAGAUGGGAAUGAACCGCAAGGCUAUCAGAGAGGACGGGAUGCCAGGAGGGAGGAAUAAAACAAUCGGACCCGUACGGAUCUCGCUGGAGGAGAUUGAACGAAUUAUGUCUGGCCAGGAGUUUAAGGAAAAAAUGGAACUGUCGGAUGCGUGGAGCCACGGCUACAGUAACCACAAUUCACCUGGCAACAGUAUCUCCGAGGGCAGCCAUACCUUAUCUUUCUCCACGAUAUCCACCAGCCAUGCAAUGAAAAUGAACACAUACACUAUGUCCUGUAGAGAUCUGAGCAGCAGUCCACAACUAACUCAUUCUUUCCUUUUGUGCAAAUAUCCUUUAUCGCCCCCUACUGGUGGCAGCAUUAAGACACAAUCAAACACAUUAUCACUCCAGCUUGUCGCAGCCGAUGAUGACCUGACACAUCUUAGUACACCCAUGGUCAUAGAUGAGGGGUAUAUUGUGACUCAGUCGGAGCUGUUAGCUCUGCUGUGCCGUAUUGCUGAUGAGCUGUUAUUCAGACAGAUUGUCUGGAUCAAGCGCUUACCAUUCUACAAUGAUCUGUCCAUCAAAGACUGCACUCGUUUACUGGGGGCUUCAUGGCAUCAGCUCAUCCUCCUCUCCUCACUUACUGUGCACAGUAAACAGAUACUGGAAGAACUGGCUAAUAUCACGCAACAUUACACACCUUCAAGUCUGACACUACAGGGGUUCGGUGAAGAUGCUAUGGAGGUCAUGGAGAGUUUAAGUUUUCUUUUUCAUAAGUUUCAUCAUGUAAACCUCAGCCAUGAGGAGUACAGCUGCUUGAAGACCAUCACCUUGCUCAAUCAAGAUGCAGUAGGAUUAUGUAACACGCCCAUGCUGGAACAGUUGAGUGAACGUUACUGGUGCGUAUGUCGGGACCUAACAGGGAGACUUCACCCUCACCGGCCCAAACGCUUCUCUGACAUCAUCACGUGCCUCUCUGAGAUACGCCACACCUCAGGGAAGAUGAUGUCCAUUCCUCUAGAGCAGCUUCCACUGCUGUUAAAGGCGGUACUAUACUCCUGCAAAACCAAUCAAAACCCCUGGCCAGCCAACAGGUCCGUCUCCAGGACAUGCCAAUCAUUUGAAUAACAAUUUAAAUUUUCGUUUACAACGUUUCCCAAUUUAUUUAUUUCAUGACAAGGUUGAAUGUAAAGCUCUUGACAGGUAUGGCUGUAGCAAAUGUAGCAAUCUACCAAAUGACAUUUCAAGAUACCGGAAAAGAAAACUAAAUUUCCAACUACCUCAGGAGGAACUAUUAAAGGAAAGCCAUUGCCGAAGUGAAAGCAACAGACACGUUUCAUGAUAUAAAAUGUUUCCUAAAAAUGUAUUUACUGUAAUCUACUUGUUGUUGAAUAUUUUAAGUAUGCAACUACUAUAAUGAUAUCAAAUAUCCUUGUAUAAUGGGAAGUCGUCGAUCAAAUAUGCUUGUUGAUGUUGAAAUAAUGAAGAAGCCAGUGGUGGUGCGGCUCAAAUUUCAGCACAUACUCAAAAGUUGAGCAUGCCUCAAUUAACCUGUUUUAGACUAGUUUGCGUUUGAUUUGUUUACUUUUGAGGACUCUUUCUUAUGGAUGGGGACUUUGGUAAUGAGUCAGUCACCAGGGUAACAAGAAAUGCAAUAAGCACACUCUUUAGCCCAGGUGUGUUUGUGUUACAUGUGUGAUUUCUCUCAAAAAAUCAUUUCACACAUGUUUUUAAGGAGAUGUGAAGCUUGAACAGGGUCCUAUGUGUAUGUAUUUUGGCGUAGCUGUGGUUUUAUGUUACUUCUCAGUUCAGUGUGUAUUUUUUUUUGUUUUAUAAUUUUCUUUCACGAAUUUGAGACAUAAUUUGUUUUAUAAUUAUUUUGAUAAAUGUUCAUAUGUGUUUUAAAGGAACCGUUCAGCCAAAAAUGAAAAUUGUCUCAUAAUUUACUCACCCUCACGCCAUCCCAGAUGUGUAUGACUUUCUUUGUUUUGUUGAACAAAAAUAAAGAUUUUUAGAAGAACAUCUCAGCAUUGUAGGUCCGUUCAAUGCAUGAAUGGUGUCCAGAACAUUUUAAACUCCUAAAGCAUAUAAAGGCAGCAUUAAAAUAAUCCAUAAGACUCCAUUGGUUAAAUCAAUGUCUUCAUAUCGCCACCUACUGGUCAGGUGGAGAUUUAAAGUAUAAAAAGACUUAAAUAUUGAUCUGUUUCUCACCCACACCUAUCAUAUCACUUCUGAAGACAUGGAUUUAACCACUGGAGUCUUAUGGAUUACUUUUAUGAUAUACAUUUAUGUGCUUUUUUGAGCUUCAAAGUUCUGGGCUCUAUGCAGUUGUAUUGCAUAGACCAACAGAGCUGAGAUAUUCUUUGUGUUCAGCAGAAGAAAGUAAGUCACACAUCUGGGAUCGCAUGAGGGUAAGUAAAUGAUGAGAGAAUAGUUUUUUUGGGUGAACUAUUCUUUUAACUUUCUGGAACAGAAGAACCAUGUCUCAGGAAGGUCGUUUGACCUAAUGAGGGUUGGGUUUAAUACAAUUUUGCCGUCGAAUUGUACCGAGGAACAUUCCAAAAAUGACUAAACAUUGGAAGAAUGUUUUGUGACCAUAACCUUCCAUUCCUUCACAGGCUUUGAAAGAUUAUAUUUCUGUUUCGCCGCAGCAACAGACAAUGAGAGAGCAGAGUAUAGGCAUGCUCGCGGAAAGCCUGUGAGGGUCGUGCACUCAGAUAGCGAGAGGGGUUUGUGAGCAUUUUCUUUGUACUUGCUUUUUCUAUCAAUUUUAUUAAGGUCUGAGGCCUUGAAGUGCCUCUGUAGUUGAAAACGGGCCCACAAACGGACUAUCCAAGGACGUAGA